UUAACCGCUGUGAAGAGCUUUAAUAGCCAUCUUUCCGAUAGAGGGCACUCUUCACAAAAUGGAGUCCAAUAGUAACGGCAACGAUUCGGCCAACCUUAGAAAACGCCACCAACACAACAACGUGAAUCAACACGAGCGAAAUUUCAGUUAUGAAGAAUCUAAGCAACGAGCUAAGCAUGGCACAUCAAAAAUAUACCUUAGUGGACCUCUCCUCAUAUUGCUUUCCCUGCUUUUCUAUUCAUCUAGCGUUAUUCUUGUUCACGUUCGGAUGAACUCGUUUCCAACACCACUUUUGGCAAAUAAUCACAGUGAUCAACAUUUUACAGAAGAGAGAGCAAGGAAACAUCUCGAUGAUAUAACCGGAUUUGGUCCUCGUGUUGCAGGCAGUUACGCAAAUAUUCAGGCUGAAAAAUACAUUUUUUCAGAACUCAACAAAAUCAACCAAGUGCGAAAUCAUGUGCACGACAUACAGGUUGACAUCCAAAAUGUUACUGGGUCAUUUGUGUUGGAUUUUAUUGGUGUUGGCGAAUUUACCAGUGUCUACAGCAAUCUGAGGAAUGUUAUUGCGAUGCUGUCACCUGCAGAGAAAAUUGGAGAUCACAGCAUCUUGAUCAAUUGUCACUAUGAUACUGUUACAGAUAGCCCAGGUGCAAGUGAUGAUGCAGUCAGCUGUACACUGAUGCUGGAGAUCCUCAGGGCCUUGUCGCAGAGGAGAACACCACUCAUGCAUAACAUCAUCUUCCUCUUCAAUGGUGCUGAAGAAAACAUCCUACAGGCAAGUCAUGGAUUCAUCACCCAACACAGAUGGGCAGACAAAAUCCGAGCAUUUGUCAAUCUGGACUCGGCAGGAGCUGGUGGCUGGGAGCUGGUCUUCCAAACAGGUCCAGAGCAUCCGUGGCUGGUGAGAGCAUACGCCGACUCGGCCAAGUACCCCUGUGGGUCAGCAGUUUGUCAGGAGAUCUUCCAGAGCGGACUCGUCCCGUCGGACACUGACUUCCGAGUGUUUCGGGAUUACGGCAACCUCCCAGGCCUUGAUAUUGCCCAUGUGAAGAAUGGCUAUGUGUACCACACCAAGUAUGACCGGCCCGACAUGGUGCAGCCGGGGUGCCUGCAGAGAGGAGGGGAGAAUCUGCAAGCACUUUUGGUAACCUUGGCAACGAGUAAACAAGUGAUUGACCCUGGUGAAGAUAAACAUGGGAACAUGGUCUUCUUCGACUUCAUUGGCUACUUCAUGAUAUCCUAUCCUCAGCGAGUCGGCGUUCUCAUCAACUGGAGCAUCGUUGCAGUUGUCCUUCUCUCAAUUUUCAGAAAAAUCACUGCAGACUCUGACAGUCCUGGAAUUGUGACCUAUGCUGUUCAAAUCAGUGGUGCAGUAAUAAGUAUAAUGUUGACGUGGGUUGCUGUGGUUACAAGUGCUGUGACGGUGGCGCUGCUGCUGAACAUGGUUGGCCAUGAGAUGUCCUGGUACUCCAACAUCCAUAAUAUCAGCUGGCUCUUCAUCUUGCCGGGAGUGACGUGUGGCCUUGGGGUCAACCUCUUCCUCAAGGAAACAGUGUACAGAGACUGGGAUCCAUGGCGUGUGGAAACACUGUUCUUCGAGGCCAACCUCCUCUUCUUGUCGUCCAUCUUGUCAGUGUUGACGUACCACAACAUCAUGUCAUCUUACGUCAUCCUGCUGUGGGUCAUGUUCCCCAUCAUCAUCAGGGACAGGAUGAGCAGACUGCUCAGCAUCACAUUCAGAGACAACCAUUCAGCAUACUACCUCAUGACCUUCACCUCGCUGUUUGUGCCGGCAUUCUACACAGUCUACAUAACCUACGCCCUCAUACACUUCUUCAUCCCCAUCAUGGGGCGGCUUGGAAGAGUUGUGGUUCCUGACAUUCCAGUCAGUGUCAUCACAGCCUUCCCAGUCCUCCUUGCUGCAGGCUUCCAGGCCGGCAUGGUGUAUCCGUCCAAGAAGAUCGGUCGGAUGGUGGGCAUCCUGGGUCUUCUGUCUAUUGCUGGCUUUCUACUCGUGGUCCUCACACCCCUAGGUUUCCCUUAUUCAACAACUAAUGAACAAAUGUCACGUCAGAGAACAGCUGUCAUGCACAUAGACAGACAGUUCCACGACCAGUCCAUGUCUGUGAUAAGACGAGACUCCUCAUUGUGGUACAUUCCAUUCGACUACAAAGGCCCCCGGCUAUUGCAGAAGGAGGUGCCAGAAUUGUUUGCAGAGGCCAAGCCAGUCCUCUGUGAAGGAGCCUACUGCGGAAGGCCCUACCUCUACCCUGUCUUGCCACUCUUUGAUGCAGUUGACAGUCUGGAUCUCCCUGCUCCACGGCUCAACCUGACUCGGCGACUCUCAGUCACAGUCACAAAGCGAGAGACUAUAGCACCAGACCGAGUGAAGCUGUACUUCAGCGUCACUGGUCCAGAUCACAUGAACUGCUACAUCAUGCCGAGGCCAGAUGUCCGGGUCAUCUGGUGGUCCAUGGGCUCCCACGACCCCCAGCCAGUGCGGACCAAUGACCACGUAACUGAACCAACCUACUUCCUCUACCACGCCCAUGGCCAUGAGUCAGAAGACAGCUGGGACUUUUCUGUGGAGUUCUAUGUCAGUCAGAAGAAGGACAAGACUGACCCCAUUGUGGAUAUAGGCUUUGGUGGCCACUACCUCCACGGCAACAAUCAGAAGACGGAGCACUCCCAGAGAUUUGCUUCCAAGCUUCCAGGCUGGACAGUCUAUGUGGGUUGGUCCUGCACGUAUGACAUGUACACUCUGUAGGCGUGUAGUAUCAACUGUUUACUCCCGAGACAAGCAUAAGUAACUGCUGUAGGCAACUACCAAGAAUUAUACGUUCUGAUGUAGAAUACUGCUGAGUCAGGUCAAGUUCAGUGAAAUUACAAUCACCGUCCUUAACUACAUUCUUGGGUUUGCAAAAUCAUGUAUUUUGACACUUUAUGUAUUGGAUUUACACUUAAGUUCUCAUGUUCAAAGACAAACGUUUUGAAUAUUUUAGUUACUUACUCAGUUUGAAUAGAUCAAGGACAUUCAAAGGAAGAGAAAGAAGGCGAAGCAUUCAGCAAACGUUACAUCGGUGGCUUCCCAGUCCAGGGGAUGUGCGUUUCGCCCUUUCAACAUUACGUUUAUAUAUGCACUUGUCAAACAAUAUACAAGCAAAUAUAAUCAAAACAAUUGUAAAAUUAUAUCGACAUCUACUUUUGAAAUUGAUUUAUCUUUCUUUGCAUAACCAUAGCUCUUGAUACUGGUCUUGCAUUUCAGGACGAUAGAGAAAACUGUGAUAUUAAGGUUCAUUAAUGUAUAAUCCCCAGUUGGGACAAGGUCCUGGAGUUGCCUCCACUCAAUACAUAUCAUUGCAGCAUAAUAGUCUUGCUGUGUGAGGCUCUGCUGGUUGGUUGUUUGGUUUAUUGUUUACCACCGCACUCAGCAAUAUUCCAGCUAUGUGAUGGCGGUCUGUAAAUAAUCGAGUCUGGACCAGACAAUCCAGUGAUUGAUAUUAUGAGCAUUGAUCC